AUGUGGGAGGCUGUACAGAGUCGGGGUAGUGGUGUUAUGUGGGAGAAUGUACAGAGUCGGGGUAGAGGUGUUAUAUGUGAGGCUCUACAGAGUCGGGGUAGAGGUGUUAUGUGGGAGAUUGUACAGAGUCAGUGUAGUGGUGUUAUGUGGGAGGCUGUACAGAGUCGGGGAAGUGGUGUUAUGUGGGAGAAUGUACAGAGUCGGGGGAGAGGUGUUAUAUGGGAGGCUCUACAGAGUCGGGGUAGAGGUGUUAUGUGGGAGGCUGUACAGCGUCGGGGUAGAGGGGUUAUGUGGGAGGCUGAACAGAGUCGGGGUAGAGGUGUUAUGUGUGAGGCUGUACAGAGUCAGGGGAGAGGUGUUAUGUGGGAGGCUGUACAGAGUCGGGGUAGUGGUGUUAUGUGGGAGGCUGUACAGAGUCAGGGGAGAGGUGUUAUGUGGGAGGCUGUACAGAGUCGGGGAAGUGGUGUUAUGUGGGAGAAUGUACAGAGUCGGGGAAGAGGUGUUAUAUGUGAGGCUCUACAGAGUCGGGGUAGAGGUGUUAUGUGGGAGAUUGUACAGAGUCAGUGUAGUGGUGUUAUGUGGGAGGCUCUACAGAGUCGGGGUAGAGGUGUUAUGUGGGAGGUUGUACAUUGUCGGGAUAGAGGUGUUAUGCGUCAGGUUGUACAGAGUCGGGGUAGAGGUGUUAUGUAG